CUCGGUUUGUUCUUCACCAAUGGCUUCGCGAUUCAUGCCUUCGCGCCGCAUGGGCUUUGCCCUCAUUGCUGGAUGUCUUUUGUUCUCGGCGUUGGCCGCUGCUACUGCGAGCCCUGGCGAUUUGUCUGUUGGUGAGAUUGAGGAGCAAUUGCAGAAUUGCCCUCUGGUUGAAGCUCUCAAUGAGCACAAGAGAGCUUCUGCGCCGGAGACUGCGAGUCUUACCUCGCAGAUCUUCGCUGUCCUGUUCCCUGGAAGCCCAGCUGUGAACUCCCUCCUGGCCACGUUGUAUAUUUCCGGACCUCCCAAUUUCCUCCUGGCAUUAUGCCCUCCCAACAUCGACCCCUCAUCGCUAUCUGUCAUGGUCGCCUUUGCCGUUGGAGGCUUGCUCGGUGACACCCUCUUCCACCUACUGCCAGAGAUCUUCCUUGGCGAAGACUCCCCCGACCACGUGAGCUUCGUCAUGGUCGAACCGAACAAGAACCUCCUGCUCGGUCUGGGCAUUAUGGUCGGCUUCUUCACCUUCGUUGCAAUGGACAAGGCUCUGCGCAUCGCCACAGGCGGCGAGGGCGGCCACGACCACUCCCACGGCCACUCCCACGCCGAAUCAACAGCCGCAAGAACGACAAGCUCCGAAGCCAACGGCAAAAAGAGCGGCGAGCUGAAGCAGCGCAAGUCGGGCAAGUCUGGCAAGGAGGUCUCGGAGGAUUCUACAUCGGAGAAGGAAAUCAACCCUAGCGUCAAGCUGGGCGGAUAUCUCAACCUUAUCGCAGACUUCACCCACAACAUCACCGACGGUCUCGCCCUGUCCUCAUCCUUCUACGCGUCCCCCACCAUCGGUGCAACGACCACCGUCGCCGUGUUCUUCCACGAAAUCCCCCACGAGGUCGGCGACUUUGCCCUCCUCAUCCAGUCCGGUUUCUCCAAGCGCAAGGCUAUGGGCGCGCAAUUUGUCACUGCCGUGGGUGCGUUCUUGGGAACUUUCAUUGGUAUUGCUGUCCAGGAGUUCGGGGGUAAUAGCGCCGUUUCGGCCGCUGGCCCUGGUGCGGGACUUUGGGGUACCAGUCUCCAGUGGGGUGAUAUGUUGCUUCCUUUCACUGCGGGAACUUUCUUGUAUGUGGGCACAGUAGCUGUUAUCCCUGAGUUGUUGGAGACUGGUAAGGAUAAGGGUGCAGAGAUUCGGAAGACCCUUGUCCAGUUCUUGGCUGUUGCUGUUGGAGCGGGCAUUAUGCUUGUUAUCUCUUGGGACUAAAAGUCUUGAUAUAUGUGAGAAUUUAUAAUCAGAAGGUAAUGGGUAGCCCGCGACCUAGUAUAUGGGGUAAAAUAGUAGAAUUCAAUUUCGUUCUUGGCAUUGAUCUUGAGAGUUUGGCAAUAUACCUCAAGAGUCACCUAUGCACCAAUUGUCUGAAUAGA